CAACUUGAUUGCCCACGUACUACCUUAUCGAUCUGAGCGUCUUGGCUGACGAAUCACCAUGCCAAUCGGCAUCGCCGUGCAUGGAGCAUAUGCAGAUAAUAUCUGUAAUACUCCGGCACGGAGAUGUCGGGGAGCUUCCCUUCUCACAGAAACCCUUUGAGCUGGACCGGCAAGCCCUGUGGCUGUUCACCACGUGUGCCUUAUUGAUGUCACCCUUGACCUUCCUGUGGCUAGAAGGUCUAGAAUCCGCUCUCCCCGGUUCAUACGAGGAGAAGCCAGCCCCCAAGUCCAAGACGGAAAAGGACAAGGAGCAGAAACCCCGGUCGAGACUAAAUGUAAAAAACAUCAUAGCCAAGGUCGUGAUUGACCAAACGAUUGGCGGUGCCUACAACACAUUCCUUCUCAUUGCCCUCAUGGGUUACUUGCGUGGUGAGGAUUACGGCACCAUCAUGGAGCAAGUGAAAAAUGAUUUCUGGCCCCUUCUGCUUGCAGGAAUGAAACUCUGGACAUUUGUCUCAGUGCUGAACUUCACUGUGGUGCCUACAGAUAAGCGAAUGCUUUCUGGAUGCCUCUUUAGCGUGGUCUGGGCCAUUUAUCUAAGUUUGCGCUCUGGGUAGCUGUCUGCUGGGGUCAGCCAGACUUCUGGGAUGGCACUCGGCGGAUGUCUGGCUGGAGUUGCGAUUCUGUGACCGACGAGCAUUCGACGCGAGCCAUCGUUUAGGGCGGUUCAUAUGGAUAUUGGAAGCCUUAGCGCAUGAGCGAUCAAGCUAUUGGUGGUUUGCUGUUCUGUUGGUCUGUCGGAACAAUAGGGGCAAACACGCGGACAUGAAACCGAGGGGCCAAAAAGAGAAAAGCGAGAGGUGAUGACGAAGAGACUGGAUCCAGGAACAAACUUCAGCAGGUAGUCAGCGAGGUCAGCACAGGAGAGUCAAUGAUAUCAUGC